AUGGAUGAUUCGGAUGAGGAGUUUGAAAUAUUAUUUGGUGAUACUUCGUCUUCAUCAAGCGAGGAAUUAAUUGGUCAAGUUCUCAUGGCUAAUCGAAUACAUGAGAUGCAAAAAUCUCAACAGAUUAGACGACCACUACGCACUUCAAAUAUUUCUGGACGUCAAUAUUUACUUGAGCUGCUAAAUGGACAUCCUGAUAGAUUGUUUUACACAAUUAGAAUGGACGUUAAUACUUUUAGAUCUUUAUGUCGUCGAUUAGUUGAAAUGGAAGUCAUAGAACAUGACAAGGUAAUUAGUGUUGAAGAAGCUGUUGUCAUGUUUCUAUGGAUAGUAACACACAACCAACGAGUUAGGACUGUGGCCGAAAGGUAUCAACAUUCGGUAGAAACUGUUUGUCGUCAGUUUGGCAGAGUGCUAGAUGCAUUGUGUUAUUUAGGAAAUGAAGUAAUAAGGCCUCUUCACUUUAAUACUGUGCAAGCAGAAAUUCAAAAUAAUUCGAAGUAUUUCCCAUGGUUUAAGGAUUGUGUUGGAGCAAUUGAUGGUACUCAUGUAAGUGCAGUUGCACUAGCUCUAAAACAACUUGCAUAUAGAGGAAGAAAAGUAGAUGUAACACAAAAUGUAAUGGCUGCAUGCUCAUUUAAUAUGAUGUUUACUUAUGUCUACGCUGGAUGGGAAGGAACAGCCAAUGACUCUCGAGUGCUUCUUGAUGCAAUUAGAAAAGACGAUAACUUUCCCAUGCCACCACCAGGUAAAUACUAUGUUGUUGAUUCUGGCUAUCCAAAUAUGCCUGGGUUUCUAGCACCAUAUUGUGGUGAACGUUAUCACUUGCGUCGCUUUAGAGGAAGAUGGAACCAUCCUAGAGGUGCGAUGGAGUUAUUCAAUUAUAGGCACUCAUCAUUGCGCAAUGUGAUUGAACGUUGUUUUGGACUUCUUAAAGCCAGGUUUCCCAUUUUGAAGUCAAUGCCUCCAUACUUGCUUGGAAAGCAAUUUGAUGCUACACCUGUUGAAGAUAUUGAAGGAACUGAAAGCUAA